GGGAACUUCGGAGCGAACAUUCUGGAGCGUGACACGGUCAGCAGGGUUUACUCAGAUGUGCCGCCGGCCGAAUCCAACGUCCCUGUCUUGGUUGCACUUGACUAUGGCGCGGCUUUUCCCAGUCUCUCUCUGGAGUUCAUGUGCGCGGUGCGCAAAGAGAUUCAGGUGCCGCGUGCUUCUCUGUCCAUCACCGACCAGUUAUACUUGGAGCUCGAGGCUUUUGCAAUGGCCCGCAAUGCACCUACACAUGCCUGGCGGGUUACGUCUGGCAUAGUCCAGGGCUGCUCAUUGAGCGGCCCCCUCUACGCCGCGGCCACUGCCCCACUUCUCGUCGAUCUCCAGCGCCAGCUUGAGGCGCCGAGGAAAGGCAUUGCGCGAGCUUGUGCCGACGACAUUGGCACCGCCAUCAGAGACAUCCUCAGCCUGUCCAUCUUAGCUGACAUCAUGCUGCUCGCCGAAAGAUCUGCCACGCUGCCUUUGAGGAUCGACAAAUGCAACCUCGUUUCGCUGCACAAGCCGUUCUCGAAAGCUGUGGCAGCGGAGGUUCGCUCGCUGCUCUGUGCACAUGUUCCAUUCUUCAACCGCAUCAGCAUAGUCGAGUCCCUCAAGUACCUUGGGCUUAUUCUUGGUCCUGCAGCCGAUGCAAACUCGUGCUGGGCAGCUCCUGCGAUGAAGGAUAUCAUCUCACUCGCUCAGUUGUCAUCAUCUCGGCCAUGCCCCGCCUUCUGGCGCAGUGAGGCUUCCGUGGGGACGCUGUUCAACAUCAAGCACGGUCCGCUCCAGUCCACGAUCUACACACACGAGCUGCUGUCAAUUGCGCGACAGGCGGCUACGCACCGUCUCCUCGUCCAGCCUUCUGGUGUGGGCCUGCAGAAGUGCAUGACGUUGGCGGUCAAGAAGCACCUUAUCUCUCGUCCACUUUGGAACUUACUGGUGGUGCGGCUCGCCCUCGCUCAUCCCGACAUGUACUGUGAGGGUGCAUCUAAAGUACCUGCGGUGAUAUGGUCCCACAUCACGAAAUAUCUUCGCUCUUGUUCAACCGCGUGGGCUAUGGCAUACUUGAAAACUGUUGCCAACGGAUGGGCUACGUCUUCCCGCAUUCUUGGUGACCGUGGGCGCCUUCCCUGCCGCUUCGGUUGCGCGGGCGCGGCAGACCAGCUCAAGCACUAUCUCUCGUGCCCGAAGUUCCGCAACAUCUGCGAGGAGGUGUUCGGCUUCUCUCGGCCUGCUCACCCGCUUGGUCGUCUGGGCCCCUUCGGAUCCGCGGUGGAUAUCGGCAAGGUGGUCUUCGACAUCGUGGUGAUGCACUUCGCCUACCAUGCGGCGCCCCACGAU